AUGUGGUAUGUUGCGACGGAGAAUCAAGAAAAAAAAAUUGUUCAAAGAAUGCAACAAGUUAAAACAUUGAACGCUGAAGCUUUUAAGUGGUUAAAUGAUCUUCCUUUGGCGAAAUGGACUAUGUACGUUGAUAACGGUCAUAGAUGGGGUUCUUUGACAACCAAUGUAUCUGAGUCGUAUAAUGGUGUGUUGAAGAAAGCAAGGGGGAUUCCAGUCUCAGCUAUGGUUCGCAUGACACUUGUUGCUUCCAAUUGUACACACAAGUGUACGCGGUCGCACAACAAGGCAAAUUCUUUACUUGAACAAAAUAAGUCUUGACCUCUUAGUGUGAAAAAAUGAUUUAAUAAAAAUUGGAGAAAAGCUCAAGCACGUAUUGGAAUGAUGAACUAUAGUACUACUUCAGUUGUAUUUGAGUUCCUCACAUUUGCACACAAUGGCAAAGGAGGAAAUGUUCACAAAGUUUUUGCAGAUGCCAAAAAAUGUUCUUAUGGCAAAUGGGUAAAUUAUCAUAUAUCUUGCUCUCAUGUAAUCAAAUUUUGUGAUCUUUGUGGUAUCGAGCCAAAGACUUAUGUGAGCAAAUACUACACCACAAAGUAUUACAAAUGA